AAGGAACGAGCCGCCGAAGUGGGAGGCAAGAUAUAAAGACUUGGUAACCGCCGACGAUCAGGAUAGACGCAAAUAUCGUCAUGUCGCAGUAUCGGACGAUCAGCCUUUUGGCGUUACUGCUUGCAGCAUGUGUCCAAGCGCGAGAAAUCGAAUUAUUGCGAUCGAAGCGUGGCGGCGACGGAUCGUCGGCUUUUAGCAGCGCCAGCAGUUCGGCCAGCGCCAGCUCAUUCGGCGGUGGUAGCAGCUUCUCCAAAUCUGAUGCUAAAGCUAUUGGCAGUGGCUUGGCAGGUGCCCAAUCUUCGGCAAUAUCGAGUGCGAACGCUGGUGGAUAUGGAGGUGGUCCCGGUGGUUUCGGAGGCGGUGGUCCAGGAGGUGGCGGUGGUCACGGUGGUUUUGGAGGCGGCAGCGGCGGCGGUGGUCACGGUGGUUUUGGAGGCGGCAGCGGCGGCGGUGGUCACGGUGGUUUUGGAGGCGGCAGCGGCAGCAGUGGUUUUGGAGGCGGCGGCGGCGGCAGCAGCGGUGGUUUUGGAGGCGGCAGUGGUCACGGUGGUUUUGGAGGCGGCAGCAGCGGCGGCGGCGGUAGUCACGGUGGUUUUGAAGGCGGCAGCAGCGGCGGCGGCGGUGGUCACGGUGGUUUUGGAGGCGGCAGCAGCGGCGGCGGCGGUGGUCAUGGCGGUUUUGAAGACGGCAGCAGCGGCGGCGGUGGUGGUCACGGUGGUUUUGGAGGCGGCAGUGGCAGCGGUGGUUUUGGAGGCGGCAGCGGCAGUGGUGGUUUUGGAAGCGGCAGCAGCGGCGGCGGUGGUCACGGUUUUGAAAGCGGCAGUGGAGGUGCCAGUAGCGGUGGAUUCGGUGGUGGUCACGGAGGUGGUCUCGGCGGUGGUGGACACGGUGGUUUUGGAGACGGUGGAUAUAAAGGUUCUGGAAGUCACGGUGGCGGCGGCAGCGGUGGAUACGGAGGCAGUGGAAGCUACGGAGGUGGUGGCGGUAGUGACGGUGGAAGCGAUGUUAAUAAAGUAAGUGGUAAUUAUGGUGGAGGUGGCGGUUAUGGUGGUUCUGGCGCUGGAGGAUACGCAGGAGCCGGUAGUUCCGGUGCCGGUAGUUUCGGCGGCAGUGGUAUCGGCAGCGACCUUGGAAGAUAUGAUACCGGAAGUAGUGGUAGUUACAUUGGAACUGGCUCUGGAGUAGGAGGUGGUUAUGGUGCUGGAGACGGCUUUGGAAGUGCCGGAGGUAGUGGUGGUUAUGGUGGAGCUGGUUCUAAUAUGGGAAAUGGUCAUAGUGCUGGUGGCGGUGGCUAUUCAAGUGGUGGUCACGGAGGUGAAUUUGGUGGAGGACACGAAGGAGGCGGUGGUGGAUUUGGGGGAGGCGGCCAUGGCGGAGCAGGAGGUUUAGGAGGUGGAUGUGCUGGAGGAUGCGGAGGUGGCAGUGGAGCCAAUGCUAAUGCUCAAGCUAGCGCGAGCGCGAAUGCAAACGCUGGCGCCGGAGGUAGUCACGGAGGUCACGGAGGUUACGGAGGUCACGGAGGUGGCCAUACACCAGAUUUAUUUUCCCGUAUCGCCGAAGACGACGUAAGCCACAGUGGCACCAUAAAUGGAGCCAAGGGCGUUUACAGCAGCAGCGCGGCGAACAUAGAUAGUAGCGGUAAAGGUACCUACUCUGUAAAAGCGGGCAAAAUCGCGUAAAAUCGCAUUUACGCGAAUAAGUGCGAAAACGCACGCGGGAUCAACGAAUACUCAAGUUUUCACAAUUAGAAUUAGAAGAUGCUCAAAAAUACUCUCGAACGACCGACGGGCGCAGCUGUGAUCGAUUACAAUCGUACAUAUCGACGCAAUUGUAGCACAAUGCAAUAAAG